CCGGAAUCCUUGACGGGCGGGAGAGCGAGGGGGAGGGGAGCGCACCCCGCUUCUGCGGGAAGAGUCCCCCCCCCGCCCAGAGGCUCUCCGGGCUGGGCAGCUGCACGUGCGGAGCCCCGAGCCCGGGUGUCGUCCGAGCAUAGCCUACGGGCAGCUGCCGCCCGACAGACGAGGGAGGGGGCAGGAAGCGAGGUUCAAAGUCACGCGGCCGGAGCAGGGCACUGUGGUGAUCUUCAUGAUGGUCCAGCAUCCCCAGUGUUGCAGUCUGCAGGCUGCUCCCCAGGGUUCCAACGCGUCCAAGUCAGCCCACCUGCUCCUCCAGCAGCCGCCCAUCUCAGGAAUUAGUACCACAAAGAAAACCUGAUGCAACCUCUUCAGCUUGUCCCCCGCCGAUUACUUUACGGGCUGUAUUGUGGACUGAAGUCUCCAGCCUCCUCUGGAACCUGGAUUUGCCCAACAAUGGCUCGACCAAGUUCAAAUAUGGCUGAUUUUCGGAAGUUUUUUGCAAAAGCAAAGCACGUGGUCAUCAUUUCAGGGGCUGGUGUUAGUGCUGAGAGUGGAGUCCCAACUUUCAGAGGAGCAGGGGGCUACUGGAGAAAAUGGCAAGCUCAGGACCUGGCCACCCCACAGGCCUUUGCGCGAAACCCUUCCCUGGUGUGGGAGUUCUACCACUACCGGCGGGAGGUCAUGCUGAGCAAGGAGCCAAACCCGGGGCACCUGGCCAUCGCUGAAUGUGAGGCCCGGCUGCGCGGGCAGGGCCGACGAGUCAUGGUCAUCACUCAGAACAUCGAUGAGCUGCACCGCAGGGCUGGCACCAGGAACCUUCUGGAAAUCCAUGGUAGCUUAUUUAAAACUCGCUGUACCUCUUGUGACAUUGUGGCUGAGAAUUACAAGAGUCCAAUUUGUCCGGCUUUAUCGGGGAAAGGUGCUCCAGACCCUGAAGCUCAAGAUGCCAGAAUCCCAGUGGAGAAACUUCCCCGGUGCGAAGAGGCAGGGUGCGGGGGCCUGCUGCGACCUCACGUGGUGUGGUUUGGAGAAAACCUGGAUCCUGCCAUUCUGGAAGAGGUUGACAGAGAGCUGACCCUCUGUGACUUAUGUCUAGUGGUGGGAACUUCCUCCGUGGUUUAUCCUGCCGCCAUGUUCGCGCCCCAGGUGUCUGCGCGGGGAGUGGCAGUGGCCGAAUUCAACAUGGAAACCACCCCUGCCACCAACAGAUUCAGGUUUCAUUUCCAGGGGCCAUGUGGUACCACUCUUCCUGAAGCCCUUGCUCCUCAUGAAAGUGAAAAUGUUUCUUAGUUGCCCUGGGGAAAGAAGAAAUUGUAGUAUGUCUAAGUACCAGGCCACAAACAGAGGAGAACCAAUCAUGGGGACGGUGAGCUAAAUACUGGAAAAUCUAAAAAUACCCUCCGAUUCCCUGGCUGGCAUCCCACCUGAUGAUAAGUGAUGGGGGCCUAGAAACAACAAUAGCAAAUAUUCUUAGAAGAAGUCAGAGAACAGUCAAGUUAAUGCAUCUUAUUUUGUGUGGACUUAAACAUAAGAUAUCUUUUGUGUGUUUGGUUGGUUACUGGAAAGGGAAAAUUUUAUAAUUAGAUUAUCUUUUAAAAAAGUAAUUAUCCUGAUUGAAUUGUUGCGAUCUGGACAGACAGAGAAGUAGAGGGGUAAAACCUUGGUAUUUCUGAUUUUUGCCAAGUUUUGAUGGAAAACGAAAUCACUCUCUACAGUAAGUCAUUUAUUGUAUAAAGAUCUUACCCCAAGAGAUGUCUUUGUUGGGGGCUUUUCCUGUUCAGUGUUUACCAUGUUUGGCUGCCUUUACCUCGCAGUGUGUGGGAUAGCUUACAACAAGAACUCAUGCAAGGAAGGAAAAGUAGCAUCAAGAUAGAAAAUCAGGAUGAGUAAAAUAAAUGAUGCAAAU